AAAAUCCAUCACCGCCUUUCCUUUUCACAUGUUGAUUUUUACGUCAUUUUAGGGAAUUCCACUUCCGGUAUUGCGUGUCAGGAAAGCCGGUGUAGUUCAAGAUGUCUAAAGUUACAUUCAAGAUAAUUCUGACCUCGGAUCCAAAACUGCCGUAUAAAGUCCUAAGUGUACCAGAAGGAACGCCUUUCACUGCAGUACUCAAGUUUGCUGCAGAGGAGUUCAAGGUACCAGCAGCCACUAGUGCUAUUAUAACAAAUGAUGGAAUCGGGAUCAACCCAGCACAGAGUGCUGGAAAUGUGUUUUUGAAGCAUGGAUCAGAAUUGAGACUUAUACCCAGAGACAGAGUUGGAUCUAUAGAAAAAUGAAAUCAUCUCCUUAACUUUAGAUUUAUUAGAAUUUGACAAUUGGAUAUCCCCAGAGUAAACAAGUGAAGAUAAACAUGAUGAUGGAGGAUAGAUCUAGACAGUUAUCUGGCGUCUUAUACUCUUUUCAUCUCUUCAAACCUACCAGGUUUUGGCCAGAACAGAUCAGUCAAUUAAAAAAUCUUGUUUUCCAAGGAACUGUACAAUUUGUCACAGGAUUUCUCGUCCAAAAGGAUUUAUUUUUUAUUCUUUUGAAAGAAUUUGCAAAUAUUUCAAUGAUUUAUUGAAAUUUAAAAUUAUGCAUAUUUUAAAUUUUGGGGAUGAGAACAAACAGUCAAUAUUUAAUGUUUUUGUAUUGUAAAUUGUAAAUGAAGCUAGCACAACUGAAAGUGGACAUGUACAUAAACAUUUAUGUAUGGUUUGAGCAGGUAUUCUACACACCAUUCCCUGAAGUUUGACACUGCAGAUGUCUUGAAGUUGUAAAUUAACAUUAUAUUGACAUUUUAUGUGAAGAGCUCAUAUAAAAUGAUGUAAAUGGCAAAUGUCAGGUAGUAUAGAUAAAGAUGUAGAUUUAAUAAGUUAAACCAACAGAAAUGUAUGUGUAUAUUGAGAAAAAAAACUGUAAUCAUAUUGAAAAUAUCUGGAAGUAUUGGUGAAAAUAGGUUUGUAUGCUCUCAAAAGAAAAUAGUAGAACUCUAGCUGGGAUAGAUUUUACUAUUCAGGGGAGAUAACUGUAAAACCUUUUAACUGUUUUUAAUUUAUUCCAUUUCCAUGUGAUUAUGUCUGUUAAAUCACACAAGUGCAAUCAUAGUAUGUAUGUUCACAAUGAUAUUACACCAACAAAAUCAAUUUGCCUUUCAUUUGUGUCUAUUUUGUUUGGCAAGGGAAUUCAAUCAAUUUCAUCAUGGAGUUCUGUAGCUGGAAAAAAUUGAUGUCAAGCUCUUGACCACAGAGACUUAACAUAUAGUGAUUAAUUACAUCUACGGUAUAUAUUUGCCAUCUGUGGGCUAGGAGUUUGUGUCAAGACCCUGUGAUUUGGACAUUAUAAGACUGCUAAUGUUAACAUUAUUAUAUAAAGUUUGCAAAUUGUAUAUCCUCAGAUGUACAUGUAUGACAGUUUAAGCAGUAGGUUGACCCCUACCCCUUAAAUAACUCAAUGUUGAGGACAACAUACACUGGUACCAAAUAGCCUAAUAUAUGUUCAGAAGUAUUUUGGUUAAUGUAAUCAUGUAAUGCUAUUUCUUAUCUUUGAGAGUUCCUGCCAAGGGAUAUCAAUCAAUUCAAGCAUUUGCAAUUUGAGACCAUUGUUUUUGAAUUUUGUACACUGUAGUUGCUUUGAUUCUAGUCUAUACUUUUGAUGCCUUCUCCAUAUAUGCGAUUACCUGGGAAUGGGAGGAGGUUACAUUCAUUAUCAAAUCAAUUUUUAUACUUUGUAAAAUGCUUUCUGACAUUUAACACAACUCAUUUCUGUCAUUUUUAUCAGAUACUUUUUUCAACACUUUUUUCUGUUGUAAAUUUAUUUGCUAAAACUUCGAGACUAAAACAAUAAAAAAAAACAAAAAACAGUAACAUUGUUCAUUGAUACUGUUUGUUCUGUGUUAAUGAUAAUGCAAGGCAUAUGGUCUCGUUGCUAUUAAGGUGUAUUCUUUCAUUAUCACAAAAAAACAAUCUGGAUUAAAAAAGAACAUUCUUUCAAUGUCAGCAGCACUACAGUAUUUCAAAUAGUUUUCUAAAUUUUACAUAUUGGUUGUUUAAGUACUUUAGAUUUUCUUCAGUAAUUUUUUAGUAUAUAAAUGAUUUCAUUAUGUCAAUAAAAGGAGAAAAUACCAUGCAUGUAUGGUAAACUUAUAAUGAUAGCAAAUCUCACAGAGACUUGGUAUAAAUUCCCAUCCCUUCAGUUCAUAUUUAUAUAUAACUAUGUAUUAUUAGGAUCAUUAGAUAUAAACCAUUGGAUUGGGAUAUUUGUGUCAAGUCCCUGUGAUGUACUUCAAAUUUUCGAAAUACAAUGUACAUGUAUCUGAUUGAAAUGCCACAUGUAUGUAAUGAUAUAAGUGAUCUGUUAUUGAAUCAUGGCUAAAGUGUUUAAACAUGAUUAAUAUGUAAUUAUGGAAUAUUAAUACAAUUCUUAAAAAAAAUUGUCUUCUUAUUAUAUUGAAUAAAAUAAAUUGGUAAUGUA